CAGUGACUGGAAAAGAAUUAUCGCAUUGCACCAAGAUGGCUCUGAAAUGGAUUUCAGUUCUUCUGCUGAUACAAUUCAGUUGCUACUUUAGCUCUGGGAGUUGUGGAAAGGUGCUAGUGUGGCCCAUGGAAUACAGCCACUGGAUAAAUAUGAAGACAAUCCUGGAUAAACUUGUUAGCAGAGGCCACGAGGUGACUGUGUUGGCAUCUUCAGCUUCCAUUCUUGUUGAUUCCAGUGAAUCAUCUGCUAUUAAAUUUGAAGUUUAUCCUGCCUCUUUAACUAAAAAUGAUUUUGAGAAUGUUUUUUCGAAACUAAUUGCUGGAUGGAUAUACAAUAGUCCAAAAUAUACAUUCUGGGAAUAUUUUUCACGAGUACAAGAAAUGUUGUGGAAAUAUGGUAACUGUAUUAAAAAAUUCUGUGAAGAUUUAGUUUUGAACAAGAGACUUAUGACAAAAUUACAAGAGUCAAAGUUUGAUGUUGUUCUUGCGGAUGCCAUUGGUCCCUGUGGUGAGCUGCUGGCUGAACUUCUUAAAGUACCUUUUGUGUAUAGUCUCCGCGUCUCUCCCGGAUAUGUACUUGAGAAGCAUAGUGGAAGACUUCUAUUCCCAUCUUCUUAUGUGCCUAUUGCUAUGUCAGAAUUAAGUGAUCAAAUGACAUUUGUAGAGAGGGUAAAAAACAUGAUAUAUGUGCUUUAUUUUGACUUUUGGUUUCAAAUAUUUGAUUUAAAGAACUGGGACCAGUUUUACAGUGAUGUUCUAGGAAGACCCACUACAUUAUUUGAGACAAUGGGGAAAGCGGAAAUGUGGCUUUUUCGAACCUACUGGGAUUUUGAAUAUCCUCGCCCAAUCUUGCCGAAUGUUGAUUUUGUUGGAGGACUCCACUGUAAACCAGCCAAACCCCUGCCUAAGGAAAUGGAAGACUUUGUGCAGAGCUCUGGAGAAAAUGGUAUUGUGGUGUUUUCUCUGGGGUCAAUUGUCGGUAACAUCACAGAAGAAAGAGCCAGUGUGAUUGCGUCAGCUCUUGCUCAGAUCCCACAAAAGGUUCUAUGGAGAUAUGUUGGCAAGAAACCAAAUACUUUAGGAUCCAAUACUCGACUGUACAAGUGGUUGCCCCAGAAUGACCUUCUAGGUCACCCCAAAACCAAAGCUUUUAUAACUCAUGGUGGAGCCAAUGGCAUCUACGAGGCAAUCUACCAUGGGAUCCCUAUGGUGGGCAUUCCGUUGUUUGCGGAUCAACCUGAUAACAUUGCUCAUAUGAAGGCCAAGGGUGCAGCUAUUGGAGUGGACUUCAACAGGAUGUCCGGUACAGACUUGCUGAAUGCACUGAAGACAGUAAUUAAUGAUCCUUUCUAUAAACAGAAUACUAUGAAAUUAUCAAGAAUUCAUCAUGAUCAGCCAAUGAAGCCCCUGGAUCGGGCAGUCUUCUGGAUUGAGUUUGUCAUGCGCCACAAAGGAGCCAAACACCUUCGGGUCGCAGCCCACGACCUCACCUGGUUCCAGUACCAUUCUUUGGAUGUGAUUGGGUUCCUACUGAUCUGUGUGGCAACUGUGAUAUUCAUCAUCACAAAAUGUUGCCUGUUUUGUUUCCGAAAGCUUGUCAAAACAGGAAAGAAGGAGAAAAAGAAUUAGUUAUAUCAAAGGCCUGAAGCUGUAAUGACCAAAAACUAGGACUCCUCCAGUUAAUUCCAGCAUGAAGAGGCUGGAAUGGAGGAUUUCCUUCCUCCUGUGAGAAAACAACAUUUCACAAUUGACCCUGUUAAGUCAAAAGCUUAUUUUCCAGAGGCUAAGUUGGAAAUAUUCCAAGUCAAAUAUUUCAAACCUAGGAAAAAUUAAAAUAAUAUAAAAUCUUAUGAGUUAAUAUUUAAGGCUAUUAUUCUAAUUCACAAGUGACACAAAAAACUUUACUGAGCUUAACUAUAUUUUAUACAUUGUACAUGGAAAUAACUAUAUUCAGAAGUUCACUUACAGUGCCAAUACUGUUUUGCAAAUGCUCAGAAUACUUUGGCUUCAUUUUGACCAGAUUUCUCUUGUUUUUACUGUUGCCAAAGAAACUAUUCUAUAAUUAAAUUACAUGAUAUUGCAAGACCAGUAGUAUUGCUUGGCUUUUUCUAUGUAUCUAGACUCAGCAUCACUUUUUUUCCUAAAAGACAUUACAAGUGUAUCCCUCAAAUGAAAAAUGAUGUUCACAAUUAACAAAUUAAUAUACCACAUUAACAAAAUAAUGAAUAAUAAACAAUUGUUAUCUCAAUA